CGCGCAGGAAAGAGGAGAGAGAUCGCGGCGAAAGGAGCGACAUAAUGAGCUCUAGAAAGGUGCUGGCCAUUCAAGCGCGGAAGAGAAGACCAAAAGGAAAGAAAGAGAAGACAGGUCACCAUCGCAGACACUAGAGAGAGAACGAGCAAGACAGGUCACUGGAGGCCCUCCUUUAAUACGCCUGUCUGUAUCGCUCUGUGCUUAUGGAGACCGGACCCAUCUGCUGUAAAACAGAGACAGACAGACGGACAGACAGACAGACGGAGGACGAGAGCAGAGAAAGAGAAAGAGAAACCAGCAGUAGCAGCUUGAGAAAGAGAGCAGCUGUGAGAUGGGGGAGAGAGAGAGAGAGCGUUGCUCUGAGAGACAGGCUGUCGUAACGAGGCGGAGGGAGCGCUGAAGUGCGGAGGGGAGCAGAGAGCUGUGCUCAGACAGAGACGCUGGUGUUCAGAGCGCAGAUCCCCCCGCCGGCACGAGCAGUGGUGCGGCCCGCUGCGCUCAGAGCUGUUAUUGUGCAGCGCUGCAGAACACAGAGACAGACACACGGAGCUUCACGCUUUCUCAGCCUCAUUCAGGAAACACCGCGGCGGAGGACUAGCUACAGACGGAGAGAGCGGCGGUGCUGAGACCUUCCUCACCUCCGCCGCUCUCCGCAUCACCGUCUCCAGCGACCGUCCUCCAUCCUUUAUUCUCCUUAAGAGGAGAACGGAGGAGGAGGAGGAGGAAGAGCGCCCCCUCCCCUCGCGCCAGCAGAACGCUCCGGAAAGAAAGAGAGAGAGUGAGAGAGUGAGAGAGAGAGAGUUUUAUUCCUCCCUGGUUCGGCUCCGUUCUUCUCUCGGGAGCGAGCGGCUUGCCCAUGUCUGUCAACUCAGAAAAAUCUUCUUCCCCAGAAAGGCCCGACACACAGAAGGUUCCGUCCACUCCUCCUCCUCCUCCUCCUCCUCCCCCUCCACCCCCGCCUCCCGAGCCUGUGGCCCCGCCGGAGCCGGAGGAGGAGAUUCUGGGCUCUGAUGACGAAGAGCAGGAGGAUCCGGCCGACUACUGCAAAGGAGGUUACCAUCCUGUGAAGAUCGGCGACCUGUUUAACGGCAGAUACCAUGUCAUCCGCAAGCUGGGCUGGGGUCACUUCUCCACCGUCUGGCUGUGCUGGGAUAUUCAAGCGAAGCGUUUUGUUGCGAUGAAGGUCGUAAAGAGCGCGCAGCACUACACAGAGACGGCACUGGAUGAAAUUAAAUUACUCAGAUGUGUGCGUGAGACUGAUCCUGAUGAUCCUAAUAAGGACAUGGUUGUUCAACUCAUAGACGACUUCAAGAUCUCAGGGGUGAACGGGAUUCACGUGUGUAUGGUGUUUGAAGUUCUUGGUCAUCAUUUGCUCAAGUGGAUCAUCAAGUCUAAUUAUCAGGGUUUGCCGUUACCCUGCGUCAAGAGCAUCAUUAGACAGGUUCUGCAGGGCCUCGAUUACCUUCACAGUAAGUGUAAGAUCAUCCACACGGACAUCAAACCAGAGAACAUCCUCAUGUGUGUGGACGACGCUUUCGUGCGCAGGAUGGCAGUGGAGGCCACCGAGUGGCAGAAAGCUGGAGCUCCGCCGCCGUCUGGAUCUGCUGUCAGCACGGCUCCUCAACUCCAACAGGUGGGGAAGAUCUCCAAAAAUAAAAAGAAGAAACUGAAGAAGAAGCAGAAGCGGCAGGCGGAGCUGCUGGAGAGACGCAUGCUGGAGAUCGAAGCUCUGGAGCGAGAGGCGGAGAAGCAGAGAUCCGGCGGAGCGCCAGACGCAGCACACGGUCCCGGUCUGGCGCUGGCGGACAGCGAGGAUGAUGAAGAGGAUGAUGAGGAUGCAGAUGAGGACGAGGAGGCCGAGGGAGAGAAAGAGCGGCCCGUCAGACUCACCAACCACACAUGUGCGGAGCCGGAUCAGGAUCAGCAGGAAAUAGAGGAGAACAAGGAAGGUUGUGACAUCCUUCCCACCGCCGACUGUCCUGCUGAAGAAGAGUCACACACACGCACACACACUCCACCCGGGCAACAGGACACUCCCGAGAACAAGGACGAGUGUGAAAACUCAAAAGAACAAGAGCAGGAUGGAAAUGAAGACGUGAGAGAGGAAGAGGAAGACGAGGAUAAAACAGAGGAUGAGGAAACGGAAGCCACACCCACACCCUCACAGAGCGCCGAGGACGAGCCGAAGACACACGAGUGUCCAAACGAGGAAGAAGCAGAUCCACCUAAAGAGACGAUAGAGAGACAAGAAGACGAGGAGGAGGAGGAGGAUGAGGAGGAAUAUGAAGAUGAAGAAUCUGAUGAUGAGGAUGAGGAGGAGGAGGAGGAGGAGGCAGAGGAUGAAGGCCAGGAACCAUCCAACAAGGACCACAAUGACGCCUGUAAAACGAACGGACACGUGAUCAGGUGUGUGCAGGAGCGUCUGUCCUCGCCUCUGCUCUGCCCUCUGGUGGAGUCUGAGAUCAGCACGACUGACCGCGACGCUUCUGACGCCUCGUACGAACUUUUCAACGGAGAAACCACACUGAUGAAUGGAGCGCGGCACCGCGGUACCACGCCACGCUUCCCCGAGCUUCCUCUGGAUCCCGAGCCAGACGACUGCGAGCACGACGAGGCCCAGGCGCUCAACACCGACCGCAGCCGAACGGUGUCAUCGUCCAGCACCGGAGACACGCCCAAAGUGAGGGUCAGAGCGGCCGAUCUGCUGGUGAAUCCUCUGGAUCCGAGGAACGCAGACGUUCUGAGAGUCAAAAUCGCUGAUCUGGGAAAUGCAUGCUGGGUGCACAAACACUUCACGGAGGACAUCCAGACGCGGCAGUACCGCUCCGUCGAGGUGCUGAUCGGAGCGGGAUACAGCACUCCCGCUGAUAUAUGGAGCACGGCCUGCAUGGCGUUUGAGUUAGCCACUGGGGACUAUCUGUUUGAGCCGCACUCUGGUGAAGACUACUCCCGUGAUGAAGAUCAUAUAGCUCACAUCAUAGAGCUUCUUGGCUGCAUUCCUCGACACUUUGCUCUUUCUGGAAAAUAUUCCCGGGAAUUCUUCAACCGGAGAGACCACAUCGCUCUGAUUAUGGAGUUACUGGGAAAAAUCCCCCGCAAGAUCAUCGCAGCUGGAAAAUACAGCCGUGAGUUCUUCUCAAAGAAAGGCGAGCUGAGGCACAUCACCAAGCUCAAGCCCUGGUCUCUGUUUGACGUGCUGGUGGAGAAAUACGGCUGGCCGGCCGAGGACGCUGGUCACUUCACACACUUCCUGCUGCCCAUGCUGGAGAUGGUGCCGGAGAAAAGGGCCUCCGCCUCAGAAUGCCUCAACCACCCGUGGCUCAACUCGUAGCACUUUGGUCCCUCAGACUCAUCGACCCCUGCGGCCCCGUCCUGAACUGCAGCCGCCGUCAUCAGAGAGAAAGAGCCAGAGAGAGGAGGCGUCAGAGGGGCGAGGGCGGGCUUCAACACACACACACACACACACGUUGGUAUUUGUGGUUUACGGGGACUCCAUAGGUGUAAUGGUUUUUCUACUGUACAAACUGUAUGUGCUAUUGUCCUACACCAACCCUACACCUAAACCUACCCCUUACAGGAGACUUUGUGCAUUUUUAGAUUUUCAAAAAAACACCAUUUAGUAUGUUUUUUAAGCCUUUUGAAUUACGGGGACAUAGGCAGUGUCCUCAUAAACCAAUUUCACGUUGUAAUACCUCUGUCAUACCCAUGUCAUUAAACAAAUUCUGUCCCCGUAAACCACAAAAACCAACCCACACACACACACACACACACAAACUCACACACACUCAAACACUCUCACAUGCACACACAUAUACUCACAAACACACACACACACACAGACACACAAGCUUCGAUCACUGUCUUCCUCAGCCUCAUUCAACUGAACUGACACAUUUUACACACCGAAAACAGAAAGAGAUCAUUUCAAUUUAUUUGACAGAUAAAAGAUAUUCUAUUCCUUUA